AUGCCGCGGGGGUUCCUGGUGAAACGGAGCAGGAGGCCGGGGGGCUCCUAUAGGAUGCGCCCCGCAGGCGGACCCUCAGCGCUCCGCCUGGAAGAAGCGCCCCGCCUCGCGACGCCUUUGCCAGAGGCGCCGCCACAGCCCCAGCAGCUGCCUCAGCCCAACUCCCCAGUGAUGGUGAUCUGGGACGCCGGAGGCUCGGACAGCGUAGUCUCCGCCGCAGACGAGCCCAGGCGCUACGCUCCUUCUUCCGUAUCGGCCGAAUCCUCUCCUCUGGGCCCCGCCUUGGCGCUGGCAGAAAAGCUGCCCCUGAUUCCGCGCACUCCGGUGCCUUUGCCGGCGCCGCUCCCCUUGCCGGCUGCCUCGCUUUGCCCGGCUAUCCCGCUCAAGCGCCCCUCCCGAGCGAAGGCGCCGCCGGCCAAGAAGCCCAAGGCCGUGCGCAAGCUGAGCUUUGCCGACGAGGUGACCACAUCGCCCGUGUUGGGGUUGCGGAUCAAAACGGCUUCCGAGGCCGGCGGCGAAGGGAUCCGCGUGGCUCGUCCGACGCUGCUCGGCGAAUUUGUCUGCCAGCUGUGCAAGGAGCCCUACGCCGACCCCUUGGCUCUGGCUCAGCAUCGUUGCUCCCGAAUUGUGCGCGUCGAAUACCGCUGCCCGGAGUGUCACAAAAUCUUCAGCUGCCCGGCCAACCUGGCUUCGCACCGCCGGUGGCACAAGCCGCGCCCGACCACCUCGGCCGGUCCCACCCGGGACAAAGAAAACAGUCGCGGGGAGGCCGGCCGCGAUCAGCACCACGGCUCGGCGGACAGCUCCUGCUGCCGGGACCAGCCGGCUCCUCGUGCCUCCCAGCUGGGUCCGGGCAGCGAAGCUACCGUCUACUUUUGCCCUUAUUGCCACAAGUCUUUCCGGCGCCAGGCAUACCUGCGCAAACACCUGGGCACCCACCAGGCUGGCAUUGCCAGCUUUGCCAGCAACUCACCGUCUCACCCACUCCCGCAACAGAUCGCUUUUUCCUGUCAUUUGUGCGGGGCGCAUUUCCCGUCGGCGGACAUCCGAGACAAGCAUCGGGUAUGGCACACGGUGCGUGAGGAAUUGCUUCUGCCCCUGGGGCAGCCCGAGGGCAGCGCUAACCACGGCGAGCAGCAGAUCUUUUCCUGCAAACACUGUCCCUCGACUUUCUUCAGCUCGCCUGGUCUUACCCGACACAUCAACAAGUGCCACCCUUCGGAGAACAGGCAGGUGCUUCUGUUGCAGAUGUCCGUCAGGCCGGGCUGCUAG